AUGGGUGGUGAUACUCUUCCUCCUGACAACGGGCCUUCCUCUCCUCGCUCUGCCAUGAGCCCACUCAACUCCUCAGUGCCAUAUAUCCCCACAUCUACACUCGCCCCUCAAACUACAGAAAGUGGAAGCCCACAAUCUAUUUUCCUAUCCACUGUUGCAAUGUCUACCCCUCCCCCGAUGCUUGGUCUUCACGGUGAAUACAACCCAGAACUUUGCAAACGCGAUGAAUGGGCUAGGCUGGCUACCACCCUUACUACUCUAGGCAGCAUGAAAGAAGCUUUGUGGGCUGCCCGAGAUGCCGACUUCAGCUUCGAGCUUAUCUAUCAGAACCGAACCUUUUCAACGUUCGAUGUCCUGUAUCAGAUACACUCUAUUAAGCUCAAUGCGCUUCUGUUGACUCCUAGUCGGCUGAGGGUAACCACGAGGCAUCAAACUGCGACUGCAAUCCAGAGAUUUGCUGAAGCCAACAAGAACUCAUUGGGGGUGAUUGUGUACUUAAUGGAUGCGGGAUCGUCAGGAAACGAACAGAUCGAGGCCGUGCAGUCUCUCGGUGCACUACACCACUGCCUUUCAUUGGGCUUCUCAGAACCGCCCCCUGUUCUUGUUGUGUCUGACGCAUCCUACCUCCUGGAUUGCAUAAGUGCUUAUAUGAAGAGUAUCUCGCGCGCAAACCCGGUGAGUUAUAGCCGAAGAACAUGGCUUGCCUUGUAUUGCUCAUCAGCUCAUAUAUCGCGAUUAGAUUCAAGUAGACGCUCCUGGAGACAAGGUAUUGUGGCCUAA